AUGAGCAAGAUCAUAAUAGCUAUUAGCAUAGCGAUAAUGACGAUCCCAAACGUACUAGCUCAAGCUCAAACUACACCCAAGGUAUUGGUCUACACAGCUACAGCUGGAUAUAGACAUGAUUCCAUACCUACUGCGAUUCAGAUAUUAGGUGAUAACGCUGGUAAAUAUGGUGUGGAAUUUACCUUUUCAGAGGAUAAAUCAUUGUUCACGAAUGAGACUUUAUCGACUUAUGAUGGUGUAAUGUUUGUUUCCAAUUCCGAUGAAGUACUGGACCAAUCGGGUCAAGAUGCUCUUCAGUCCUUCUUUCAAUCAGGAGGUGUAUAUACAGGUGUACAUGCAGCUUCAGCAUGUCUAUUCAAUGAUGAGAACUAUCAACAAGCAAUGGGAGCAUUCUUUGAUUAUCAUCCACCUAUACAAACUGCAACUUUCGAAAGAAUCAAUAAUACACAUCCUGCUACUGCAAAUGUUCCUGAUAGAUGGACUUUCCAAGAAGAGGUAUAUCAUUUCAGGUCGAAUCCCAGAGAUAAUGGUGCUAUUGUAAUUAUGACAGUUGACGAAUCGAGCUAUGUCAAUAAUGGGACAUCAACUGGAAAUUAUCCAUCAAUGGGCGAUCCACAUCCUAUAGCAUGGUAUAUCGAUUCACCAAAUUCAGCUCAACCUCUUAAUUCAGGAAUCGAAAAAGCGGGUAGAUCAUUCUAUACUUCUCUAGGUCAUCUGAAUUCUACUUGGCAAGAUGAAACUUUCAUUGAUCAUGUUAUGUCAGGUUUGAAAUGGGCGUUAGAUGGAGCCUCGACAAAAGCCUAUGGUGUAGGUCUAGUGGGAAAUGGAAAUGGAAGUGGCAGUAACACUUCGAGCAGUGGUACUGGUAAUUCAACCAAUUCAGCUAGUGCUGGUGGUUCCUCAACAGCUGGAAGCUCGACAGCACCUAGCGCAAGUGUAAGCGCUGCUUCUGGUGCCGCAAGCGCUAGUUCAGGUUCGUCGUCUGGUGGGACGGCUGUUUCUGUUUCAGGAAAAAUAGCUGCAUUAGGAGCAGGACUGGUCGGCUCCGUAGCCCUAGGUGUCGGAUUAGUGUUGUAA